CCCAGAGGCCCCUCUGCCCGGAUCACCCCCCAGCGCCACCAUGCGCCCCCAGCUCCUGCCCCUGGCCCUUGCGCUCCUGGCAGCGCUGCCCCCGGGGGCGCAGGCAGGCCCGGAGGUGACGGCAGAAGCCGGCUUGAGUGCGAGUCUCCCCUGCAACCUGACGGGGCCAGAGCUGAGCUGGCGGUGGGUCCCGCGGUACCCGCGCUGCGCUGGUGGCAGCGGUGGGAUACAGACGAUCUACACAGUGACGGCAGCCGGGGCACACGAUGCUCCAGAGGGGAGGUUUCAGAAGCGGCUGCGUUUCCUAAUGGAUCAGGGUACCCGAACCUUCGUCCUCCAACUCCAACCCCUCCACAUGAGCGACUCGGGGGCCUUCUUCUGUGCCAGCCCCAGGCAGGAGGCCCCACCCAUCUCCGUGACCGUCACCCCCGGCUGCCCGGCCGGGGCGUCCAUCGAAAUGAUCCCCCAGGGGCCGGUCGUGGAGGGAGCGUCUGUGUCGCUCUCCUGUUCCCCCUGUGGGGCGCAGGGACCCACCUCACCCCCAGCAGGGGGCGCCACGUGGCGGCUCAAUGGGGAGACGCUACCAAACUCCACAGGCCUUCGGAUCCUGAGGGCCAAGGUGACAAUAGUGGAUUUCUCCAGCCGCUGGGAGGGUCUGUGGAGCUGCCGCCUGCCUGGGGAUCCCCCCCGGUCUGGGGGCUACUGCCUGGAGCGUGACCCGGGGGCGCACGGGACCCAGGAGAGCCCCCCACCCGGCCCCUCCCCCGUCAGUCCAGGCUCGGCGCCCGGCCGCGGCGGGGGGGUGACGGUGCUGGCCCUGCGCUGCGGCCUCGCCUUCCUCUUCCUCAGCGCCAGCCUCGGGGCCGUCGGCUUCGUGCACUGGAGAACCCGGGCCCGGCCGGCCGGCAGGCCCCAGCGGGACUGAGGCCUCCGCUCCCGGGCGCUGCGUCCACCCUGCACUGACCCCCACCCCCUUCCACUCGCCUGCGACGCCGGAAACUCCCCUCUGGGCCCCCAUCCGCUCUGCUCACCGACCAUGUAUUUACUACACAUAAUGUAGGACCUACAUUAUUAUUCCCCCCGGCAGGAGUACAGAAUGGCCAGUUCCCGCGCUCAGGGCCCCCCUGGGAACGGCCCUGGCCCUGCUGUUGCCUGGGGAAGGUGAAUGUUGGACACACAACCUGCAGCCACUUUGUGUACAGCUCGGCUUGUUUACAAACAUAACGUAGGCCCUAUAGGAAGGUUCUGCCAGGGCAGGAGCUGAGGGAAUCCCUCCCCUUUGGAGACGCCUUAACGUGCUUUGCACGACCUCCUCCCGUUGUUUACAGUUGAUUUGUUUGCGAUACAUAAGGUAGGACCUACCCUAUUUUCCCCAGGAGACAGGAUGAGAGAGGGACCGGUUCCCAUGGACCUUGUCCCACUGGACCCAACCCCCGCCCCCCCCCAUCCCGCUCUUUUUUGAUGCUUUGGUUUGUUUACAAUACAAAAUGUAGGACCUACAAUAUUGUAGUCAGGGCGUCAUAAUGUAAGAGCCCCCAGCUGCUGCCACUUGGAGAAGUAGAAAAUGUCCUUUGGGGCUAGUACCCGUUGUGUUUACACUUGGGUUUCUGUACAGUACACAGGGUAGGACCUACAAUAUUAUUCUCAGCAGUCAGGAAGACCAGGCCACUGGUUGCCAUGAGCAGGAGCCCCACCCAUCUCCCACGGUAUUCCACCGUUUGGACCAGCAAAAAAAUAGAUUCUGUUUGUUUACAGUUUAUCUUGUUUACAAUACAUCAUGUAGGACCUACAAUAUUGUUCUCAGUGGACUAUAAUGGAGGGGGGACUGGUUCCUCAUUGGGAAUACCCCUAAUCUUCUUCUAACAAUUGGAGAAGAAAGUGGGGGUAAAACUAUACACAACUCAUGUACAUUUUGUUUAUGCUUUGAUUUGUUUGCAAUAUAUAAUGUAGGACCUACCAUAUUGUUUGUGGAUUGUGACUGAUUCCCAUCAGCACCAGUUUCCUUGGCCAUACACCCUCCCUCCCCCUCCCACUCCUUCUAGCCAUACAAAAUUUCAUUCAUGGGCAGCGCUCACUUUAUUUACACCUUGCAUUGUUUAUGAUACAUAAUGUAGGACCUAUGACGUGACUCCCAGGGGGUAGGAACGGAGACGGGGCCCCUCCUCCUGUCUGUUGCCAGUUGAAACCUCAGAAAACUUCACAGGGGCCAUGCCCCACUUGGACUUGUUUACAAUACAUAAUGUAGGACCUACAAUAUUGUCAACCCAGUUCCCCCACCCCCCCCCAACCCAGACCAGAGAAUUGGUCUCAUAGACCCUCCCCCACCCACACCCUAAUCACCUGGGGCUGGGAGUCUCCAGGGAAGGGGGCGUCUUUCCCCGAGCUGGGGCCUGGCCGUGCCCCAGAGGUGCCCGCGCUCGUCAGCCGUGGCCGGUGGCCAGCUCGGAGUAGAUGGUGGCCGGGCUGGUUUCCACCCUGGCCCCGGCCCCGCGGGGCGCCUGGAAGUGCACGGUGCUGUACGAG